AUGGGCAACGGAAAGCAAACCGAGGCUGAGCGGGAAAAGCUGAACCCAUCGGAAUGGUUGCAGACGCCUUCGAGCCAGCAGUUCAACGUGAUACGGCGCGUCUACCACCAAGAUGUGCUCAACAAGGACGCCGACUACCAAAUGCCGGAGAAGCCUCUGGGCCAAAGAGCGAAGAAGGCCGUGCAGAGUUGUGGUUUCGGCGACUGUCUGUUGAAUUCUGUGCCCGUCGUAAAAUGGCUACCCGCUUACAACAUCAAACGGGAUUUGGUGGGAGACUUGGUGGCCGGGGCCACUACGGCCGUCAUGCACAUUCCUCAAGGAAUGGCGUACGCACUCCUGGCGGAAGUCCCUCCCAUAAUUGGCCUGUAUAUGGCCUUCUUUCCGGUGCUCUUGUACGUCGUUUUCGGGACUUCCCCUCACGUGUCCAUGGGAACCUUUGCGGUCGCGUGUCUAAUGGCGGGAAAGGUGGUGUCCGAACACGCGACUCAUCAGAUAGUUUAUCCUCUGAAUGGAACGGACAUUGCAGAAGCCACGUUGCAAGCGGGUCCACAGUUUUCGGCCGUUCAGGUGCUCAGCAUAGUGACGCUGGCCGUCGGACUUAUGCAGGUACUGAUGUGGGUGUUACGCUUAGGUGCGGUUUCGACUCUGCUGUCGGAGCCUCUGGUCUCCGGCUUCACGACGGCCGCCUCCUUGCACGUCCUCGCCUCGCAAGUUAAGGAUCUCUUCGGGAUACGGCUGCCCAAACUGGGCAGCAAUUACAAAGUGGUAUUGACUGUAAUAGAGGUGUUCAAAAACAUAUCCAAUUUGAAUUGGGCCGCCUUCGUCAUAUCCUUCCUCGCUUGUCUCAUCAUCUCUCUCAACAACGAAGUACUUAAGCCGUGGGUGAGCAAACGCAGCAGGGUCCCCGUGCCCAUCGAACUUCUGGCGAUAGUGGUGGGCACCCUCGUCUCCAAGUACUGCGACCUUAAGGCUACCUACGGGAUCUCCCUGGUCGGAACUAUUCCCACCGGGCUACCGGUGCCGGAAGUGCCGCCCCUGCAGCUCCUCCCCGAAGUGGCGUUGGACGCGUUCACGAUAACGAUGGUCACCUACACCAUCUCUAUGUCGAUGUCGCUCAUAUUCGCGGCCAAAGAGAAGUACGAAGUCGACCCCAACCAAGAGCUUUUGGCGCUCGGUGCUAGCAACGUAUUCGGCGCCUUCUUCUCGUGUGCGCCCAUGUGCGCCAGUCUUUCACGAUCCUACAUUCAAUACCAGGCGGGGGGAAAAACGGGCCUGACGUCGGUUGUGAGCAGCGCGUUGAUCCUGUGCGUGUUGCUCUGGGUGGGGCCGUUCUUCGAGCUGCUGCCGCGCUGCGUCCUCGCCUCCAUCAUCACCGUCUCGCUCAAAGGCAUGUUCAUGCAGGUCUUGGACUUGGCCAAAUUUUGGAGGCUGAGUAAACUGGACGCCGUCGUGUGGCUCGCCACCUUUUUGACGACGGUUCUGAUAGACAUCGACAUCGGGUUAGGCGCAGGUUUGUUGGCGAGUGUCGGUGCGCUGUUCGUUCGCUCACAAAAGCCCUACACGUGUCUUCUAGGACGAGUGUUGGACACAGAUCUGUACCUGGACAUCAAGAGAUAUAGGGCGGCCGAAGAGAUUCCCGGAGUGAAGAUAUUCCACUACUGCGGCGGCUUGAACUUCGCCAGCAAAAAUCUAUUCCGAGCGACACUGUUCCGGAAGAUCGGGUACCUGAAGGAAGUCGAAGAGGACAACCUGACCAAGAGCGAGUCUUACGAGUGGGACUCGACCGUCGGGAGGAGGAUAAACUGCGUGAUAGUGGACGCGACCGCUCUGUCGUACGUGGACGCGCCCGGAAUCAAGAGCCUCGUCUCCGCGCAGAAAGAGCUGCUCAGUAGCCACAUCACCGUACUCUUGGCCGGGGCUAACGGUCCCGUAUUAGAGAUGAUAGAGAGGUACAACUCGCUGGAAUCGGAACAGCUGCAACUGGAAACGUUCCCCACGGUGCACGACGCGGUCGUCUACUUCAAGAUGCUCGAGGCCAAGAAGGAACCCACCAUCGUCGUCUCCGCCCGAUAG